AUGGCACUGAGGAGGAACCCCUUUGCUCCUCACGUUCCCUGCCAUAGAGUCGUUUCCAGCGAUCUGACGUUGGGAGGUUUCAGUGGAGAGAUAGGAAGCUCCUCGGCGAAAGUGAAGAAGAAGCGAACCAUGCUAAUGGAAGAGGGAGUCAAGUUCAAUGGGGAUCGAAUCUGUGUCGAGUGCGUGUACGAGUUCCCGACAAGGGAGGACGAAGGUGUUACAAGAGCUGAGAAAAUCAAGAAACAAGUUGGGCAAGCUUGUCUAACUUCCACGCCUGCACGAGCAGAAGACGAUGAGAACAUGGCGAGGAAGAAGGAGGACGAGGACGAGGACGAGGACGAGGACGAGGACGAGGACAAGGAAGACAAGGACAAGGACAAGGUCAGAAGGACAAGAGAGAGAGUCUCACAUCAGCUGUGCGAGAGAGGAGAGAGCUUCUGGCCUGGUAUUCCAGUCAAAGAACUGCAGAGAAAGAAGAGGAGCAGAGAAAGGUACAAGACUGGGAAUGAGAUCCAAGGAUCAGCCAAGCACUCACAGCCUCGAUGGCUAGUUUCCCGCCGUUCCCUUGAAGCUCUUCAAGAAGUAGCUGCUGCAGCGUGA